UGCGAGCAGUAGCCGUCCAAACGGGACUUCUCCUUAAACGACGACCUUUCGCUUCCAGAAUUUGGUUUCUUACUGCACGGGACACGCAGUCGUUCUGUUGCACAUUUUAAUCAGACAUUUCUCUGCGUCUUGUUGGAACACGCAAUUUUUUUAUCGACUAAUGAAGUUGGCUACAUUUAAUUAAAUGAUAGCUUACGCGCAAACCUGGAAAUAAGGAAGUUGUUUAUUAUGCGUUCAAAAAUAACGAAAACGGAGGCUUAACUUAGAAACUUAGAAUACGGCGAUGAAUUACCCUCAUGAACGACUUUGCCUGCCGUAGAUUCGUCAUCCUCCAUUGUCUUAUUACCUCCGAUUUUAGGUAUCGAAAUUAUUUCUGAUUUCUUUUCUGGGAAAGUGAAAAAUGUGUCAAUAGUAAAAUUUGAAAAGUCCGGCUCCCAAAUAGUUUCUGUGUAGUGAAAAGUCCAAAUCCGUUCGACCAGCUUAGAUUUUCUAAAUCUAUUUGAUGAGAUGCAGCUGUUAAAACGGAUUAUCCAGAAGGUUGUGACCUUCCAGGAGCUCUCCAAAGGCCUGUCCCACUUCGCCACGCGGGCGUCCCUUCGCCGGAAAUUCGGAAAGUGCCGGAGCUUCGUCGUCAGCCAGCCGCUGAGUCGCACCAAGGUGCUGGCUGCGUCGGACGGAGAGCUGAAUGUAGCGGAGGCUGAGCACCGUGGCAGCAGCCACAGCCUCAACAGCAACUCCAGCCUUCCCAGCAUGCAGUGCGGCCACAGCCCCGUGGGCACGGUGGCCAGCUGGGCCGUCAGCUUCGAGAGGCUCCUGGAGGACCCCACCGGUGUGCUCUACUUCACGGCUUUCCUGAAGUCGGAGGUCAGCGCAGAGAACAUCCUGUUCUGGCAGGCCUGCGAGAAGUUCCGGCAGAUUCCGGCCAAUCAGAAAGAGGAGCUGAUGCGGGAAGCUCGCUCCAUCUACAGUACCUACCUCUCCAGCAGUGCCUCCAGCGCCAUCAACAUCGAUGACACGGCACGGACCGAGGAGGGGGCCCUGGAGGACCCCAAACCCGAAAUGUUCAACAAGGCCCAGCAGCAGAUCUUCAAACUGAUGAAGUUCGACAGCUACACCCGGUUCGUCCGGUCACAGCUCUACCAGAACUGCAUGCUGGCCGACGUGGAGGGCAAGCUGCUGCCGGACCUCGGCGCCGGGUUCAAGAGCUCGGCGUACAGGAAGAGCGGCCUGAUGGACAGCCCCUCCCCCGGAGACGCCAAGAAGUUUUCCCAGCAGAAGAAGAAGGCCAGAGCGGGCAAGUCUCUGCCAUACAAUGUCGAACCCGGGUCUGACCGCAGGAGGGGUACCCCCGAGGGCAAGGCCACCCAUGACAAGCAGCGCGAGAAGAGAGGAUCGUGGGGAGCGGAGCUGCACGACCAGCAUGUGACCGUCUCCCGGAGAGAGUCCCAGUGCUCCGUCAAAUCAACCAGCAGUGUGGAGCUGGGCUACCUCAGCGUGAGAGGGGAGAAUGGGCGUUCCAGCCCCCGUCCCCUGGAGCAGGAGCGCGCGGGCGGGGCGGGGCGGGCGGAGAAGUACUGCUGCGUGUUCCUCCCGGACGGGACGGCCUCCCUCACCCCCGCCCGGUCCGGCCUCUCCGUGCGGGACAUGCUGGUGGGGUUGUGCGAAAAGAGGGGCUUCCCCCUCAGUGAUGUCAUCAUCUACCUGCAGACCAAGGACAAGGUCUCUCCCCAGCAGCCCCUCUCUCUGGACCAGGACAGCGCGGUGCUGAGAGACCAGCAGGUGACCCUGGAGCUGCGGGUGACCUUUACGCUGGAGGUGGCCUUCACGGGGAAGGCGAUGGGCAUCAUGGCGAAGUCCAGCAAGACGCUGGCGCACACGCUCGCCUCGGUGCUGCAGAAACACCAGCUCCGGUCGCAGGACGCCGUCGUUACCAUGAGCGGGAGCAAGGAGCCCCUGAACCUGAGCAUGUCCGUGUUCCCUCUGGCCAAUAAGAGGCUGCUCCUGGACCGCGCCAAAGCUAAAGAGCAGGCCAGUUCCCCAAAGCUCACCUCCCAGGCUCUUCCAGCAUCUCAGGAGGGACCGGCGGGUCCAGAUGGGGCCGAGAAGCCCCUCCCGUCGGCGGCGGUCAGGAACCGAACCGCAUCCAAGUCCAAAAACGCCGCGGUCCGGAGGGCGUGCGACAUCGACGGGCUGAUAGAUCUCAUCUCCAAGACGCAGUGCUUCCGCGUGGAAGACCAGCGGGGUUUGCUCCGGAAGGAGGACCUGGUGAUCCCGCCCUUCCUGAUGCAGGCCCGGGACCAGGGCGGGGAGGGGCGGACGGAAAAAAGCCGGGGGGAGACUCCGCCCCCGCAGCCCGCCGAGGCUCCGCCCCCAGCCUGCGCAGACUCCGCCCCCGCCCCCGCGACAGCCGCUACCUCCGAGGAUCGGUCAGAGCUGGGGAAGCCGGCGGACGGGGCGGAGAAGACGGUACCGGAGCCGGGAACGACGUCGACGGGUCCGGUUCAACGGACCGGCCCGCCCGUCUGCUCCCGGGAGACGACGGUGUGAGCGCGCCUCACCCGGAACGUUUAAAUUCUUCUCCCUGUUUCAUCAGCACAUCCUGGAGGGGGGGGGGGGGGGCGGGCUGGGCUCUCAGGCCUAUCUGGAGUUAGGCCUCAGGUGACCGCCUUCCACACACCCCUCCCCUCGAUGGACACCUUUGAUCACAGACUAUGGUCUCCCACCUCCGCUUUUCAUUUCUUCUUUUCUUGAAGAGAAGAAGAAAACUACAUUUUGGGCAAAAAUGCUAAGUUUACGGAGGACAUUGGGUGAGGGGUGGGGG